AUGACUUCAAACGCAGGUGAAGAAGGAAGGACAGAAGAUGGAAUCGGAAGAGGGGAAGACGUGGAAGAUUUGGAAGAAAAAUUGGAAAGCUUGAAGCAAGAAAAAGCAAAAGCAAAGUCGGCGUUCACACGUGCAAGAAAGCAGUUGUUGGAACUGGUGGAAGAAAUGGAUCUACCAAACAGACAUCAGGUUCGAGAUGGGCAAACGAAAUUGGACAGCACACAAGAAAGGGCACUGAAGAUCAUGAUCGCACUGUCAGAGCACUAUCAAUGGCAGAAGAACGGAACAGCAAGACAAAAAGUUACUCAGGAAAUGGAGCAAUUGGUGCAAGAAUUCGAAGAGACCCACAACAGAGUACAGGAGUAUCUGGAUGAACGAAGAGAUUCAGAAUCAAGUAAGACAGCGGGAUCUUACAACCCACGAGAGGAUCGAAAGGUAAGCCUGGGAGCACCUAGAUUUAAUCAAGAGACUUAUUUGCCAUUUCAGGAAGCGAAAUUUGAUUCUUCUCAAUUUCACAACAAUUCUGAGCGACAAGAGCUUCAGCACAAGUCAACCAAUGUCGGUGUUGGCGCGAAAAGAAGUCAGUUUCCAAUGACCCCGGAGGAACAUUCACAGCAACUGCAACAGUCAGUCAGAUUUGGUGGUGAUCACAGACGAUCUGAGCGAUAUUCACACGAAGAGUCACUUGGUCAGGACAUGUGGCGACAGCUGCAGCGUGUUGCGAUUCCCGUUUUCUCUGGUGACAAGCGAAAGUAUGAGAACUGGAAAGCUGCAUUUCUGGCUUGCAUUGACAGAGCUCCUGCGACUCCUGAAUACAAGCUGCUGCAGUUGAGGCAAUAUCUAUCUGGCGUUGCACUGGAAGCGAUCGAGAAUCUUGGCUUUUCUGGAGCUGCAUAUGAAGCUGCAAAGGACAGGUUAGAGCGAAAAUUUGGUGGCAAGAGGAGGGAAAUCGCAAUUCACUUGGAGGACAUGGAUAAUUUCAAACCAGUGAGAGAUGGAUGUUCAAAAGACAUAGAGAAGUUUGCAGAUCUACUUGAUGUUCUGGUGGUGAAUCUACUGGAGAGUGGACGUCACGAUGAAUUGGGAAAUGGAUCUCUCUACAUCAAGCUACUGAAGAAACUUCCAGAAACACUGCUGACGCAGUACAAUCGAUGGAUCUUUGAGAAUCGAAGAAGAGAAUGCGUUGAAACACUGAAGAUGUGGGUGAUUCAAGAGUCUGAAUUCUACACAGUUGCAAGAGAGACAGUGCAUGGUGUAUCAAGCGAAAGAAGAAACAGUAGAUCAAGAAACUUAGCAGGAGAGAAGAAAACCACAUUCUUUGGUGCUACUGAAGAAUUAACACAAGUGAAUCGUUUUCAAGUUGGUAGAUCAGGUGUCACUGGUGGGAAAUACGGUAAGCAGCGACUGUGCAAAGUGUGCAAUGGUAGACAUGGUGUAUGGGCAUGUGAUGCUUUUCGAAACAUGGACAUUCGACAGCGAUGGAAUGUGGCAAAGCAUUUCAAAUUGUGUUUUCGGUGCCUUGGUGAUGACCACAGUGGUAGUAAAUGUACUCGAAGUAGAGUGUGUGGUAUUCGUGGAUGUCAGGAAACACACAACAAGUUGCUGCAUAGCAUGGGUAACAGGAUCACUGGAAAGCAAAACAGCAAUAAAACAAGGACACCAGAAGCCUUCAAUCAGCAAUCAGUCAGCAGUAGCAGUCAGCAACAGUUGUCAUCGUCAGUCACGGAGGGGGAGCGUUUGCAGAGGAAUUUUGCAACACAAACAACGAUGGUGUGCUCAAAAUCAGAUGUCAAAGGAGCAACAGCAUUGAGAACCAUUCCGGUUGUUUUGAAAAAUGGCUGUCGAAGAUUGAAAUUGAACGCACUUCUUGAUGAUGCCAGCACUCAAACGUAUGUGAAUGAAGAUGUUGCAGCAGAACUGGGUCUCAAUGGUACCUUUGAAACAAUAAAGGUCAAUGUUUUGAAUGGAGAUUGCAAGUCUUUUCAAACCAUGCCUGUCGAGUUUGGACUUGAAAGUGUAAGUGGUGAUGUUGACAUCAGAGUAAAAGCACUUACUGCAAAGAGAGUAACUGGAAACAUGAAGGUCAUCCAAUGGUCACAUCUAGCAGACAAAUGGCCUCAUUUGAAGCACAUUGAUUUUCCAGACACCGGUUUGAGACCUAUCGUGGAUUUGCUGAUUGGUAUUGACUACCUUGACAUGCACUAUUCUUACGAAGAAGUCAGGGGACAAGAAGGAGAGCCCAUUGCCAGACGAACGCCAUUGGGGUGGACAUGCGUAGGAUGUCCAGAAGGCAAGAAGAUCCCUGAUACCCAUUUCAGCAAGACGACUUUGUUUACUACAAGCAGAUCUGAUGUCGAUGAAAUCAACUCAACAAUGAAGAAGUUUUGGGAUAUCGACUCAGCUGGAACGUUCACCCAGACAACAGUGGUGAGUCCUGAUGAGAAGGCUGCAUUGGAAAAAGCUGAGAAUUCUUUCAGGUUCAUUGAUGGUCGAUAUGAAGUUGGAGUACCAUGGAAAGAAGAUAGUUAUAGAAUGGUGAACAAUCACAAAAUGGCAAUGAAAAGACUUCAGAACACCGAGAAACGUUUGCUCAAGAACCCAGAUGUGAUGAAGGCAUACGAUGAAGUCAUUGAUCAAUAUUUGGACAAAGGAUACAUACGAAAGAUUCCAGUCUCUGAGAAGCAACCUGACAGCAAGUGGUAUCUUCCUCAUUUUGCUAUAUUGAAACCCAACAAAGCGACCACCAAGAUCAGAAUCGUCUUUGAUGCUUCAGCAAAGUAUGAAGGGACAUCCUUGAAUGACAUGAUACAUUCAGGCCCGAAGCUGCAACGAGAAUUGUUUGAUGUUUUGCUACGCUUUAGAUGUCAUCCCGUCGCUGUUGUCUGUGACAUUGCUGAGAUGUAUUUGAGGAUUCAGAUUCCAGAAGCUGACCGUGUGUAUCAUCGAUUUCUUUGGAGAAGUUGUGACCAGGACAGAGAUCCAGAGGAGUAUGAAUUCAGCCGAGUGGUGUUUGGUAUAACAAGUUCACCGUUUCAAGCACAGUUUGUGAUUCAAAAGCAUGCUCAGUUGUACAGAUCAGAAUAUCCGAUGGCUUCAGAAACUGCACUCAAGUCAACCUACAUGGAUGACAGCAUUGAUUCAGUACAAGAUGACGAAAAGGGAAUCCAACUGUAUCAUCAGCUUGCAGCUCUAUGGAACAAGGCAGGCAUGCAUGCAAGAAAGUGGCUCUCUAAUUCUCCAGAAGUUCUCUCUGUAAUCCCAGUAGAAGACAGAGCAUCUGAAAUUGAUUUGGACAAUGGAGAGCUUCCAACUGUAAAGACCCUUGGAAUACUUUGGCGAGCAAAGGAGGAUAUUUUCAGUUUUCACUCAAGCCCACCUGAAGAAAAUCAAAUCAUCACAAAGAGAUCGUUUCUGAGAACCAUUGCAUCAUUGUUUGACCCUCUUGGUUUCUUGGCACCAUUCAUCGUUAGAGCAAAAGUGGUAAUGCAGGAAAUCUGGCGACAAGGCUUUUAUUGGGAUGAUGAGCUCGAUGGCGAAGUCAAGUCAAAGAUUCAGAGUUGGUACAGUGAACUUCACGAGUUGUCAAAUCUUUCAGUGCCAAGAUGUCUUCACACUGGCAAGCAUAAAGAUGUUCAAUCAAUGCAAUUACACGUUUUCAGUGAUGCAUCAGAAGAAGCUUAUGGAGCUGUUAUUUAUGCAAGGUAUGUCUACGUUGAUCAUGCAGCUACUACUAAUAUUGUCGCAGCAAAGUCACGUGUUGCACCACUGGCAGCUAUGAGCAUUCCAAGGAUGGAACUAAUGGGAGCAGUCACAGGACUUCGAUUGGCGGUAUCGGUAGCGAAUGCAAUGCAAGUGUCAGUGAAGCAAGUCAAAUUCUGGUGUGACAGCAUGAACACACUUUGGUGGAUCAGAGGACAUAGCAGAUGUUUCAAGCCAUUUGUUGCAAAUCGUGUUGGUGAGAUUCAAAACAUGACAAACCCUGAGCAAUGGAGAUAUGUUCCCACGAAGGAUAAUCCUGCUGAUCACUUGACAAGAGAGAUGGUAGCAUCUGCGUUGGCAAACAGUGAGCAAUGGUGGAAAGGACCAGAAUUCUUGGAAAUGGCUGAGGAUGAAUGGCCUAAUAAUCAAUUUGAGAUGUCAAUGGAAGCAGUAUCGGAGCAGAAGAAGUCUGGUCGUUCAAAGAUGAAGUCCGUAACAGAAAAUCAUGAAGAGAAACAAUCAUUGUUUGCUGAUGCAGUUAGCAAAAAGAAAUCUACGACUGGUGAACAAGUGGAACCAAGUAAACUGAUGAAAGCGGGUAAGGAGAAUUCUUGGUAUUUGGAUCCUUCUCAUUUUUCAAGCUGGCUUCGACUUACAAGACUUGUAGCAUGGGUUUGCCGUUUCUUGGACAACUGUCGAACAGCAAAAAAAAGAAAGAAUUAA